CUACCCGUGCCUGUAAACUUCCUGUAAAUUUCCUGUAAACUUACAGUCUUAAGUUGUUCUUCACAAUGCCGCAGCGGAUGACUCUCCAGACGCAAUAUAAUUGAAUUUACUAAUUUUUAUUAGAAACUUAUAAUUGAACAAUAAUAAAAACGAAUUUAAAUCGGCCAAAAGCGAUGAAAACAGAACUGGCAAAUAGUUAUUGCAUCGGCUUAAAGAGUAGACUCGCAAAUCGCCCCCGGGAUCGUGUUCCACCACCAUCGCAGAUCGGCACCUGUGCCUUUAGCCUCCUGUUCUACAUUCCACUAAAAUGGUCAGACAUAUCAUUGUCUUCAUCUAUAGACCCCCUAUUUCAUUUCUCUACGAUCCAGGAUCUGGCAUUGACAUGGUUCGCUGCUUCAACAUUUACUCGAACAUUUCAUCGUGAUAUAUUGACCGACCGGCACAGCAGAGGCAUCUGCUCUUGUGUUGUAGUAGUCACGCGGGCACAAUUGUAACACGCAUUAACUCAUCGUUAUUUUUUGCGGGCGAGAUGGUAACUUAGUGAAUAACCGUAGCUAUUCGUUCGCGUUUCCGUAUCUUGAGCAAGGGUCUAAGGCUGUGGCUAUUGCAAGCCGAUAUAAGACCUAUUCAAUUCAUUUCUCAAGAAGCAUUUAUUUUUUUGCUAGGAAAGUGAUAUGGCGGUAAAGGCCUGAACGACCCGAGGUUAUCGAAAGGUUUUUUUGCCGCUAUCAGCUUUUCCUACUAUGUGAACGACUCCUUGGCAUUACCUCUCUGACUCUGUAUUCAGGACUCAUUCUCACUAGAAGGUCUAGCCCGGGCGGGUUUUGGUAAACUUGUUUGAGGCUUCUUUCAACAAAUUUAAAAAACGGCAUGGUAACAGGAUGCCAUGGUAAUUAUUUGUCAACAAAUUGAAACCAGCGAUGGCCGCAUGCUCAUGGUUACAAUGGUAACGCAUUUAAAAAGGGUCACAUUAGGCAGCCAGGUAACGCUGCUUCGCCAGAGGGCAUCAGACUAAAUGUGCGACAAGAAACAGUUAGAUAAACGUAGGUGAAUAAUAUUCAGCGAAACGCCAGAGCAUAUGGUUUUUGUUUUUAGUUUGAGUCUGCUUUGCGAAUACAUGCUGCUCCUGCUGGGACCAACUUUCCAAACAAAUAAGUCGAUAGGAAGAUCAAAAUGCAUACGAUAAACAGAGCUGAACGUUAUGCUGAGGCUCACUUGAAUAAAAUCCUGGCUUUCUGGAGGCUACCCAUGAUCAGACAGAACAUGGCAACGCGACUCCCCACGUUCCCAUGUCAGCAUCAGUAUCCGUCUUCGUUAGUAACUACUGUGUUUGUAAGGUUACCGGACAGUGCGAGCGUAAAAUCACACAGACGGGACGUGCAAUCCGCAUAAAUGAUGGCCGCUGUAUUUCUGAUGGGGCUUUACCUCUGAGCUCCCAGAUACUUGUUCUGAAACGUUUGCCCCCUCCCCUUGUCACCUUGAGUUGGUGCAUAAAGCACAGGUGGGAUGGCUGCUCCUUCUUACGGGUCUGCUGUUGUGAAGACGGCACCAAUACGAGUAGAGGGGCUUCUGCUGUACUUGUUGGUGCUCGUUGCUAUUCGUCACCACCGUGGACGCCAUCGGCAGAUUUUCAAAGCCGCCCAAUACCCUGCGUAGCACACAACCCCCUGAAUACUGAGAGAAUAAACAUCAGACUAUAAAGCAGAUUGCGAACAGAAUUUUCAGCAGGGGCUCUCUUCUGACGCGCGGGAAUGAGUUUUGAGCUCUCGGAGUUGUUGUUGGAGCAGUAGAGAUUUACACGAAUGCGGCUGAGUGCGCGGAGCGAGGUCCUGGCAUAACUGACAUAGCUAGGGGCCCAGUCCUGCUCGGCGCUGCAAUCUAAACGGCCUUUCAUGCCCCUUCGAGCAUUUUCAUAUCUUAGAUUUGCAUGCAGGUCGCCAGCAACAGCAUAUCGAAAGAGAGGGUCGAAUUGCCUGCUGGCUAAAUAGCUAUCUAUCCACAUAUCUGGUUCUCGAAUGGGUGUAAUGAGAGGGCUAAAAGUGUCCGUCUGUUUCUGCAAGAUCUGAGGUCAGUCAGAUGUUGAAAAUUGCCCGUAUUGCGUCGGUUUUAACCUAACUGGGCCCGCUUAGUCUAUCUGGCCGUCGUUUGUAUACAUCGCUUCGAGUGAUCUUUCGAGAUGAUUGACAAAAUUGUCCAUGUCCACGUAGUUAAGAGCAGGAAAUAUUUCAUCGGAGAGACAAGCCCUAUAUUACUACAGUAAAUUGAACUGUGUUCCUGUCAUAUGGACCAAACAUUUUCAAGACACUUUAGAAGGCCGAUAUAUUGUAUGUGUGCGUGUAUCUCUCUGGGUAUAUCGUGUUUCGGACCCGGUUCAAUUUUGCUUCGGUAUGCCGGACCAAGAGUGGAUAAUGGCGUUAAAUCGUUGGGCAGUGCUUGAUGCCAAAAAUGAACUCAUGAAUAAGCUUGACGUUUUCAGUUUUAAGGUAACGAUGACCAUACAUAUAAACGAACGUAUUGUGCAUAGUUAGUUUACCUGUGUGGUACUUAAGGUGUUAUUUCAUAGAAAGUCAUGGCACUGAAGAGCUGCUUGUUGCUAUUUUCGAUACUGAUUUAAUUUGUCGAUAACAGAUGCACACGAAAGGACCUAUUGACUAAUGCUUAAUAUUUUCUAAUAUUACUUUGUAUUGUUAGGCCGUCCUAGUGCUGCCCCCCUGGGCUGCUAUAAACUAUUAUUGUUACUACGGUUAUGUACUGUAGAGCGGAAGCGACUGAAGAAGCCCCUGUCGGCUUUGUACAUACGUACACAGAGCUGCCCCUUAGCAGGACAACGCAAGAAGCCUUUUAGAGAAGCGCAUCGGGUUAAAUGUGCGCGAGAUAAAUAAACAAGUUGGGACACCGGUUCAUUGUGUCCAUAUUAGCCAUAGCACCAAUCAACCCGUAGGUGAAAUGUGCCUCAACUGGACUUUGCUAUUCAUACGCAUAUCUAAGGGCCCGCAACUGUCACACACAUAUAUGUGACACAUUGGGGUGUGCAGACACAUAGGCGGACAUAAACGUCAGCCGAGUUUGGACCGGAUGUCUCCGGGUGACCACGCUGUAGCUACAGAGCGAUUGCUCACCACUAAAAAUUGCGUUUAAUGUAGCGGUGUUCAUGUUGGUAACGGUAGUGAUGAUAGAAGCGAUAUGGCCGCAGAUAACGUAACAAGCAACAGGCAGCGGCGCAGGUAGAGGAAGUAAUGGCAGCAGAACGAUUCCAUUGACGCGAUCCUGCAGCGCGCUAACUUUAUUGUAUAUGCGUGUGUGUAAGUACACGAAAAAAGCGACACGACAAUUUCACCGCUAGAACUACCGCCGUGGUAACUGCCCGUUUGCAGGGAUCCGGACCCGACCAAGCACCAAGAGCUCAUUUAACUGACUGGUCAACAGCGACAAAUUGUCGCUGGUUCUCUUCUGCCCAGCAGCAGCUGGCCGUUUGUUGUUGUCAGUGGUAGAGACAAUGGUUUCACUUUUCAGCUGGCAUCAGUAGACACAGCGACGAGUGCCAGCGGGGCUGGAGACGACAGUUCGAUACAAACUAUUCACAAAUGUUGCUUAUGUCCCCUAGCCAUACGUGCUGCGACAUCUAUAGCGGUAAUAGGAAGGAAGUCCGCCAUAUUGUAUUGAGCCUGUCGUUGAGAGCCCCUAGCCGCAUUGGCCAACAACGGGAUGAAAACGUAUUAUUACCAUAACAAUAAUAAACGUCCAUAAUUAGAAUAACAACAUAGACGACAAGGUGGCGAUCGUGUCGAUGGUGAUGAGAGGAAACAAAAAAUAGCUUUUUACAUCGAUGAGCCAACCAUGCGCGCAUGUAUGUACCGAGUAAUCCGUUUGGCACCCAUUCGCGCGUCGAAGAGUAAUGCAAGUACAAAAAAGACCAGCUAUUUUCAAACGUAGGAGACAACUAAAGGACAUAGAGAAUCGGUAACAAAAAAGCGGGCUGUGAAAGACACCGGAUGCCUUUAUGUGUGCUUACGCAUCUGGGACAAGCUUGAGGAGGGAACGGGAAAAGUAGUGGGUAGAAGCUUGCUACAACAAGCUCACUCCUAGAUCCUGUUUGAAUCUCUGGUAGGACAUAGCGAUCCUUUGAAUUAUUCGAGAGUUCGUCCGAUAGCGACGACUGUCAAUUGAUUACACCGUUACGCUAAAAGCAUCCAAAGAUAUCGCCGAAAUAUUAGCCGUGGUACGUUGUGGAGGCUACAAGCUGAGGAAGGCUAUAUCGUCUAAAAGUAAGCGUAACAGCCAAUUUAGCAUACAUUAAACCAUAGAGCAAAUGCGUGCGACUGAUAGCACGAAUCGUUACGUUCGUCUUACGACAAAGCGCUAUCAGUAAGGCUCGCCCUCAGCGAACGCUGCCUGUGUGUGGUGUAAUGAGGCUCUUUGUUAUUCGCACUUUAUAUUCAAACAAAUGAUUAUGUAAUAACAAUAGGGAGACGCUGUUAGCAUCUGUUACCAUUUGCGACUCUCAGCCCCUAUAGUUUCCAUACGCCUAAAGCAAACUACAGCAAAAGGGCGAGACCAAAAGGCCACAAGGAUCAAGCACAAAAUUCGACUAAUAGAUCAUAUCGUCGAGCGAAACGCAUUCGCUUGUGUAAUCGUGUGAAAUACUAUCAUAGGCAGAUAAAAUAAAUACGUGUACCUUUCCUUUUCUAGUACAUAUUACGUAUAUCUAGCAAGCGACAUCGCAUUAAUGGCACUUUUAUAAUAACGCGUUUAGCUUUGUUGUAUUUCUCAAAACGGAAACAUCUUCCAGUGUUCCCUAAGUCCGACAUCGCUGUUAGCCAAAUCUCACGCCAAAUGGCGACGACUUAAGUGAAAAUUUAGUCCAUUGUUGCAGUAUUCUGCCUCGACUGUUGUAUAUACUGCUCGCGCAUUGCUGCAUACCGUGGCCAUGGAAGUCGGGUGCAGAGGUGGGGUCGCCCUGGCCCCACUGGCGAGAAGGGGCACCUGAUCAGCCUUUUCUACUACGGGCUGCGGGUAGCGGUCGGAAAUGGGCAGCGCAACAAAGAUAGUAGUCGAGAUCGACUAAAAGCUGGGAAUGUAGAUCGAUCUCGGAAGUGAGAGCUCUACUUCCUAGUGACCUUCGUCGUCGUUCUGUAUGGGACAAGAAAAACUAUGUGAAACUCUACAGCGGAUCUUCACAGAAACUAGAGACAUUUGGGGCGAGAGCGUCAUCUGCGACAUUUUAGCAUAAACAACCAGCGUUUCUCUAAGUAACGCAAAUUGUAGUAUCUAUGCGUGAAACGGUGCCCUUAAUGUAAAAGAAUAGCACAUCAUCGAUAGGGUCACUGUGUUACUUUGGUGUUGUAAAAAUUUGCUGUCGUUUUUCAUGGAAACGUUUGUAACGAAACUUUGAGAUGUUGCCAAAACUGUGCCAACAAAAUUUCAUAACAAUUUUUAGUAUUUCGUUAGGGCAGUAACGGCGCGUCCUGAAGGAUCGUCCGUGUCAUACAGCCGCGAAAUAACGAGGAAAUCUGAGGUGGGGAUUGUCUGUAUUGAACCUAACGUUGUUGCUGGUAACCGGUUAAACUGUUAGCUACAAGACGCGUUCGACCGAUAGAAAAAGUAUCAAGUAGGCUAAUUAACGACCUUGUUUGACCUCUGGCUUUAAUUAACACGACGCAAAUUUUCCGAAGCUGAGAACCAAGCCGACGACAGGGCGGCUCGCGAAGAUGUGUUACAAACGAUGUGGAAAUUUAUGGCUCAGGAGACGAAGUGUAGGGUUAGGGGAAACAACAGUCUGAGGCCAGAGCGAUCAGCCACCAACAGAAAUGCAGCAACGCGAAAAAGAUCAAGCCGAAAAACAGGUACCGGUAAAGGAAAGGUUCCGGUGGUCGAGCUUAAGGUUAUUAUUCUUGUAGUCCUUUGUUGUGGCAGCCUCUUUAGUAAAAUUCUGCUAUAAACUGCGGUUAUUCAUUGGGUUUGUUAGUUGCAGAGAAACACGUGCAUAUUGAAUCUUGACUAGGUCUAAUCUUAACGAGUGGUAUGUGAUAUCAAUAGACGAUUAUUUUAAAUUAUUAAUAUAAAUAGUAAACAUGAAAGCUUCAUCAGAUCUGUCCUCACAUUUGAUACUCACCCUACUAGUAGUAGGUCUGACUCAUUUCGAUUCAAAUUGUGUACCUAUCCUAUCUUUUGAAAAGGCUAAAACCUCUUAACGCUAAUCCACCUGCAAUAGGCAGUAAUUUAAUUAACGUGUAAGCUAUCCCUGUAGACGUUUCCUCAUAUAUCAAUGCAGAAUAUACGAGACCGUACAUUGCAUUAUGUUAACAUAAAUAUAUAAGCAAACAAACAGGUGUUUACUGAAACGUGUAUCGCAUUAUGUCACCGCUGUGUCCUUUCGUAGUUCAUACUUAAUUUACUUUGGAUCUUUGUCGGAGUGACAAAGGGCGGCGUUAUAUUCGCCAAACUAGUUAUGUUCUCGUUCAUCGGAUGUCAUUUUGAAAUCGGUUGGGCUUGAUUCACCUGUCUCGAGUCCUGCUUGGCCGUUUUAAGCCCGAACUACGGCUGUCUGUCAGUUGACUUCGUUGCUCUCAAUUGGUCCGUCUUAGUUAGUCAAUACGCAAUGGCUCCUAGUCACCUUUGAAUAAUGCAGGAUGAAGACGACUCUGAAAAUGAAGCCGAAAUCUUUCCUCCCUGUUGUUGCUUGUUGUAAUAGUUGUGACAGUAUCAUAGAAGAAGCAGUAGUUGAGAGUGAAAUCAGUCGGGUAAGCAAGAAAGGGGAUUCACUCAAGCGACCAACACGCCGUCCGCUGUGUUCGACCAAUUGGCUGACCACUCGCUAUUUCAACAACUUGGCCAGUGACACCGCUUGAAUGGACAGAAUGGCUGACUAAGCCCAACAAGCCCUCUUCGGCACAUUACUACGCCGCCAUCAUUGCCACUGUCAGGUUCUGAUCCGCGUGCAGCUACAUGCCGCGGCAAGAUGCAGUUCCGACGCUCUAAGCUUAACAAAGAGAUCACCAAACAAAUCCACAUCCGUGAUGGAGCUGAAAAGCUCUACAAAGCAACUACUAAUAAGAAGUUAAAAGAAACGGUAGCGCUAGAGCUCAGCUUUCUCAACUCUAAUCUGCAACUACUUAAGGAGCAGCUGGCCGAGCUCAACAGUUCUGUACAGAUGUAUCAGAAUGAAAAUCAAUCACAGAUCGUGCCUAUGAUUCCACUUGGUCUGAAGGAAACCAAAGACAUGGAUUUUACACACGCGUUUUCGGAUUUCAUCGCCGAACACUACGGAGAGGAGCUACAUUCGUUCGCUGACGCCAUCUGCGAAUUUCAGGCUAUCCGACAAGCAGCUCGUACACCAAGCCGCAAUCAGGCCGGGGUUCAGCUCCUGUUUGAAUAUUAUAAUCUGCUAUACUUCGUUGAUCGGCGCUUUUUCCACCCAAAGAGCUCGAACGUGUACUUCGAAUGGUUCGACUCGCUCACCGGAGUGCCAUCUACGCAAAAGACGGUUGCCUUCGAAAAAGCGUCCGUUCUAUUUAACAUCGCAGCGUUAUAUACGCAGAUUGGCGCUAAGCAAGACCGAUCCAAACAUACCGGAAUCGACGCAGCUGUCGACUCGUUCCUUCGGGCGGCCGGAAUGUUCUGCUACAUUCGCGAUAACUUCAGUAAGCCGCCAUCCAUGGACCUCAAUCUAAGUACUCUCGAAUGCCUGUCAAAUAUCAUGUUAGCCCAGGCUCGCGAGUGCUUAUUUGAAAAGCUUGUCUUGAGUGAACCCAAAGGUCUACUACAAUUGGUUGAGGUAGGACAGGAGGCGGCCGAGGUAGCCGAAGUGUACGCCCAUGUCCAUAAGCUGCUGAUUGACCCUCCAAUUAAAGAUUAUUUGCCUUAUUCGUGGGUCAGCCUGCUAUCGGUUAAAGCUGAACAUUAUCGGGCGCUUGCACAUUUUUAUGUGGCAUGCGGCCUUCUCGAGCAUAAGGGCGAGUUGACCGAGGCGCACCGUAGGACUAUUGAAUAUGUCCACGUAACAGACCAAGACGACACGUCUCGCAUUGACAUCCGGGUGCCCCGUGCGUCCGAUGAGCGCGUCCAGUUGGCUAAGGCGCAUCUGCAUGAAUCGCUGCUUCUGCACGAGGAAGCUUUGCGACUUCACCGCAUGUGCCGUCAGCUUCGUCACGUCGACAAUCUUCAGGCGAGAUUGAGACUCGACCAUGAAAUAGCCAUCGACAAAUACGCCCAAAUUGAGCAAGAGGACGACUUUAACCAGGUUCUGGACCCGCCUCAUAUUCAACCCUCAACAAAGUAUCAGUUGACGCUUACUCCACCCGACUUUUCUGCCUACAAAGUGAAGGACCCAUUUCACGCGUUAGGACCAAUCAGCGUAUUCAGUGCGCGCAAUCAGUGGACUUCUGUUCGUAAAGCUCACAUGAAACGUGAGAAAAACGAAACAUUUGGCUUUAGCGUCAAAGGCGAUUCGCCCACAGUCGUCGCCGGUGUGGAGCCUUGCUCCCUAGCCGAGUUGUCUGGCGUUAAAGAGGGUGAUCUAAUCGUGGGUAUUGGUGAUCGCGACACAAAGUGGUCAACUCACGAAGAAGUUGUCGAUAUUAUCCGAGACGCAGGCGACGAGAUUACUAUUAAUAUAGUCACACCGAUCACAUCCGAUCAGCAGCGAUCGCUACUUGAAGGCUCGUUAACAUCACCGCGGCGUAGUUCGUCGCAGAGCCCUACGGCUUCGGUCUCCUCUGGAGUGUCUUCUACUGGCUCCAGCCGUCUUCAAUCACCGAAUGGGUCAAUCACAAGUGGCAAGGGUCACCGCAAAUCCUCGUCAUGGAACAUAUUCAAACGAAAGGGGUCGACCAGGAGCUCAUCUCCAUUAAAGGAUGACUCGCUGAUCAUCGCUUCAUAAACAACGCUGAACGAAACCUCCAUAUACAAACAUAUACCAUUACAUGCAUAUACAAACGAAACAACCUUAAGUUGUCAAUCAUCAUGAAACUUACAAUUGUUUCUCACAAUUUGCCUCGAUCAUGCUGAUGACACACAUAUACACGCAUCGGAGAUAAAGCCAAUUUAACUGAUACGAUCCUGAUACUGGACCAACCUACUUCAUAGUGCUAUAGGUUGAUCAAUAGUUCCUCGGCACCAGCGCCACUCUAGUAAGCAGCUGCCUAUCAUCCCUGCGUGUGUGGCCUUCCUGAACGGUGACACCGUCGCUUCGGGGGAACAAGGCUGUCUCGUUUCCUUAAUAGACACAUUUGUAAAAUACCAGCUCAAUGGUCGAGGCAAGUUGAGAUGGUUAACUUGCGAGUGUCUCGAAUGCUCUCUUAUUAUAUUUGAGCAGUAGGUAAAUAAGCAUAUAUGACAAUAAAUAAGGAGAGAUGCCUUCGGUCCGCACAGAGAAGUCCUGCCCGUCGCAUUGUAAAUAGUUCAAGUGUCAAAGCAGUCCAGACGAGGCGAGAAGGGACAAAAACUUUCAGUGCUAGUGCAAUGUAUAUAUACAAGGAGAGAAAGAUACGGACAACGAUAGAAGCAAAUGGUAGAAAUCGUGCGAAAGAAGAAA